CAGCGCCGCCACGUUCCCGAUCUGUUUCAUGGCCGGAAGGAAGCCGCCCACACCUGAGGAAGGGGAAGGAACGCUCGCUCGUGAUAGAAUGACGCGAGGUACUCGCACCUACCUCCUCGACAUGCGUUCCGCAGUUCCUCAAACAUCAGCUUCUCCAGAGGGUCGUUGACGUAGAAGAUUCCUUCCACCUGGAAUCACGCGCAUAGCUGUCACAAUUGCACGGACGGCGUUUAUCCAUUUGAAGCCGAAACAAUAAACUCGUCACCGCCACUGAAUGAGUUCCUCCGCUUAAGUAAUAACGUGCUCAUUCCGUGUAAUAGCUGAAGCUAAGUCAAUGCAUGACGGCUAACUAGCUUGUCAACUAGCCGCGUUCGUCUCUUUUUACCUUCAUGUUGGGAACAAAACCCUUUUUAAUUCUCCAGCAGUUUGUGUCGAUCUUGUCCAGAUACUGCAACUCGUCGUUGUAAUUCCUACUCAUGAUUGUAGUUUGGUGCCGAUUCCAGUAAAACGGAUCACUCGAAAGCUCUGCCGAACACCGGGUGCAUUCAGUGCCCGGUGCGCUUCUCCGCAUGGGACGUCGGCCCGCCGGCCGGAAGCGUUUAUAUACUUGACAACACGGCAAAGUAGUUCAGGGAUUUUUUUAUAUUUAAAAAAAAAAAAUUUUUUUUUUUUUAAUUUAAAGAUACAUCUGCAGAAUUCGGUCGUCGUCUAUCGCGUUUUUUUGUAAAUGGUGUGUGGUUUUUAGUUUGCUGACGUCCAAAUAAAUGAGUCGGUAGUCGGCUUGACGUGUUCGGCGGCUGAGUUUCAAAACAAAAAGACGGAGCGGCUCCAAAGAAAGGAAUACCUCCUCGCUUCCACGCUUUAUUUUGAAAAGCGGAUGUUUUUGUUCCGAUACGGCGCCGCUCGAUGGAGGAAGAGUAUUCGGCAGCCGGCGGCAGGCAGGCAAACGUAACGUUUGGCAAAGCGUCGUCAAUAAGGAUGAAGCUGCGAGUUCGCGUCUGCAAGCAGACCAGCAAAGUGGACGCGCUCGGUCCCGAGUCCACUGUCGGGGAACUCAUGGAGCACAUACGUCACGUCCUGCUGCCCGGACACGGACUGGGGCCGGACGUGACCUUCGCCCUCUCUCUCGACGGCGCCGAGCUCCUCGCCGACACGGGUCAGAAGUUGUCGUCGUGCGGCGUCGUCCCGGGAGAUCUCGUCCGCGUCCUCCUCCCCGCCGCCGACGGAGGGCCCGACGCCGGAAGCCGCGCCGUGCCCGCCGACCGCGCGCGCCCCGGGGACGACCGGACCGGCGCCCGAACCGCCCCCGUCAUGACCCCCAGCCAGCCCCGCGGCGGCGCCCCCGCGGAGCCAGAGACGCUCGGCCGGGAGCCGACGCUGUGCGGCGAGGCCGGCGAAGGUCAGGCGCCGCGCUCGCUGGAGCUGCUGUACCGCGCCGCCGACCCGACCUGCCCCGCCGACGCCGUCGUGGUGGCCGCCCACCUCCUCAUGCUGGAGACGGGAUUCGCGCCGCAGAGCCACGAGGCCGAGCCGGCCGAGAUGCCGCCCGGGUGGCGCUCGUCCGGCGGCGCUUACAGACUUCAGUACACGCACGCGCUGUGCGAAAGGGCCACGGUCACAGUGGUGGCGGUGCCCAUGAGCCCCGUGCUGGUCAUCCAAGCCAUCCUGCAGCUGGCCGACAGCGCCAGCAUGGCGGCCAAAGUUUGCGUGGACCCCGCCGGCUACGUGACGGAGGCGUGGCCAGGUCAGUCCCGCCGAUCCGGCCGGCGUUCUCCUCGCCGAUACCUCGCGUCUUUUCCAGGAACCAGCGCGGCGGCCGCCUACACCGGUCUGAGUCGGCUGUCGCGAGUCUUCAAGGACCAGCUGGUCUACCCGCUGAUUGCCGCCACGAGGGAAGGUAAGGCACGCCCGCCGCCCUUCGGACGAUACGGCUUUCCUAUUCACGCCGAUCCAAAAACGACCGGCGCAAAUUGGACUCCACCGCGAGAGGGCGCCGUUAUCCGUAGCCGCCGAGACAACUUUCUCUUGCGGAGCGGCCGCAAUUUUUGCAAAAAGUCGUCGGCCGGCGGCGGCGGCUUUGACGCGUGGCGCCCGUGUUUUUGUCGUCCAGCGUUGCGUCUCCCGGCGGCGUUCGGCCUGUCGGCGUUGCCUCCGGAGUUGCUCCUCCUCGUGUUGCGGCUGCUGGACGUGGUGUCGGUGGUGCGCCUGUCGGCCGUGUGCCGACACCUGAACGCCGCCGCCGCCGACGCCGCGCUCUGGAGACAUCUGGUGCGACGCGACUUCAGCGAUCACAAAUGGCAGGGAGAGACCAACUGGAAAGAGCUGUACAAAAGUUUCUACAAGUUCCGGCACAAGCGAGGCUGCGCGGAGCGGCCGUGCUCCCUCCCCCCUUUCAUCCAUCGCCCCGUCUUCGGCCCCGCUCCCUACCCGCCCGUCCCCGGCAUCCUCGGCGGAGGCUACGACCGACGACCGCCGGCUUUACCCGCGCCCCGCUACGACCCCGUGGGCCCGCUGACGCACGGCGAGCGGCGGCGGCGCAGCGACCCCCGACCCCCAGCCGGGGGGGGCGCUCGGCCGGGGGACGUCCGUAGAGGCUUCAUCUGAGGAGGCGGACCGGACGUCUCCUCCUCCGGGAAGCCGAACGCCGUGUUGGCGUCGGAGUCAAAUUUCAGGAGAAAUGCACUGAAGGUGAAAACCUACAUAUUCGCACUCUACAUUUUCAAAUUUAGACAAAUGCGUAUAUAUAUAUAUUUUUUUGUUGUUGUUGUUGUUGGAGCCUUUGGCAUUUUGUGAAAAACGACUGAUUGCGUUCUCAGAAGAGUGCGACUCCACCUUGUGGCGUCUAACAGCAAUCACGGGAGCCUUUUCCAGAGUUGGCAAAUUCAGCCGUUCUCGUUUUGACGCUCAUUGGACUCCUUUUGUUUAUAAGACGUGUGCUUUUUUUAUUUUCUAUUUUUGAAUCCAAACGUGACUUUAUUAAAGCCAAUUGUUGUGAAGUGAA